UCCCCGCCCGCCGCCUCCACAUGCAGAGCCUCUGCAGGGUCAAGAUGCAGUUCCGGACUGUGCUGGACGUGAAAGUCGUGGACGUGGAGAAGAGGCGCAAUCCGUCCAAACACUACGUAUAUCUCAUCAAUGUCACGUACUCUGACAACACCUCCCAUAUCAUCUACAGAAGAUACAGCAAAUUCUUUGACCUACAGAUGCAGAUACUUGACAAGUUCCCAAUUGAGGGAGGGCAGAAAGACCCGAAGAAGAGGAUCAUUCCAUUUCUCCCAGGCAAGAUCCUGUUUCGGAGGAGUCAUGUGCGAGAUGUGGCCAUGAAGCGGCUGCGUUUCAUCGACGACUACUGCAGGGCGCUAGUGCGACUCCCUCCUCAGAUUUCUCAGAGCGAGGAAGUGCUGCGCUUCUUUGAGACGAAAGCUGAGGACAUCAAUCCCCCAGUGGAGGACUAUGGCUCCAAGCGCAAGUCUGGGAUUGACAGCUCGGAGCCUAUGGUGCUGGAGCAGUACGUGGCCGUGGCCAACUACGAGAGACAGGAGAACUCGGAGAUCAGCCUCAAGGCCGGUGAGACGGUGGACGUGAUUGAGAAGAGCGAAAGUGGAUGGUGGUUUGUCAGCACAGUAGAGGAGCAGGGCUGGGUGCCGGCUACAUACUUGGACUCCCAGAAUGGAACCAGAGACGAUUUGGAUCUUGGAACUUCCAGGACUGGAGAAGUUACUAAGAGACGCAAGGCGCAUCUGAAGAGGCUGGACCGCCGCUGGACCCUCGGGGGUAUAGUCAACCGUCAGCAGAGCAGAGAAGAGAAAUAUGUGACAAUCCAGCCAUACACCAGUCAAGGGAAGGAUGAAGUCAGCUUUGAGAAGGGGGUCACCGUGGAGGUCAUCCAAAAGAACCUGGAGGGCUGGUGGUUCAUCAGAUACUUGGGGAAAGAGGGCUGGGCCCCGGCCUCAUACUUGAAAAAGUUGAAAGACGAUCUCUCACCCCGCAAGAAGACCCUGACUGGCCCUGUGGAGAUCAUCGGCAACAUCAUGGAAAUCAGCAACCUGCUGCAGAAGAAGUCGGUCAGCGAGAAGGACAUUCAUACCGAGGGAGAAGGCAGCACCACGCCGGAGCGCCACAUCUCCAAGACUGAGAUCAGCCUGCCCAUGCCCUUUAGCUCAGAAAUCAACGCUGAGACUGGCAGGAGGCUGAGUGCAGGCCGUGACACCAACAGCCCGUGUCUGGGGAUAGCAGCGAGCGCCGCUCUAAACGAAAGUAAAGGGAGAGGCGAGCCAGGGUCCCCAGCUGUCGCAAGAGUGGCCCCGCACAGAGUGGAAAUUGGCUUCGAUGCUGUAGGAUCUCCAAAUCUGAGACAGAAACCUCCCCCAAGGAGAGACACCAACUUGGGAUUCCAGUUGCCUAAACCACCAGAGCCCCCUGCUGUGGAAGCAGAGUAUUACACUAUAGCAGAUUUCCAGUCCUCCAUCUCUGAUGGCAUCAGUUUCCGUGGAGGACAGAAGGCUGAUGUGAUAGAGAAGAACCCUGGAGGCUGGUGGUACGUGCAGAUCGGAGAGAAGGAGGGCUGGGCCCCCUGCUCCUACAUCGACAAGCGCAAGAAACCCAACCUCAGCCGUCGAACCAGCACCCUGACCCGGCCCAAAGUCCCGCCGCCUGCUCCGCCUGUGAAAAAACAAGAACCUGAAGAGGCUCCCCCUCCGAGUAACUCUGCCUCCAAGGUCUCAGAGCAACCUACCAGGCCCGUGUACGAGGAACCUGAAUAUGAUAUCCCAGCAAUUGGAUGCGAAGGUGAGUCUGACACAGAUUCUUUGAAGGAAGAGCGCCCCCUGGAUGUGAAGAUCAGCAACAAGUACCGCAGCUCCCCUCCUUCCUGCAAAGCCUCCCCUCCUGUCUGUAAGGCGUCUCCCGCAUUCAGCCGUCGAAGAGCCUCGUACAGGUCUGUUGAGGAGGUCACAAAAGACAAAUGUAUUUACGAGAACGAUGGUUUCAGGCCAAGCAGCGGCGUUGAAACACCCUCCGCCAAAGGUUCCAGUGAGCCCAACUCCCCAAAAAGUUACCACUCCUCCACAGUCCCAAGAAGACCCUCUGGAUCCUCGCCUCUAGCUGGUAGGCCCAUGAAGACGAUGACGCCAGAGAUGAAUCGCAGAAGUCAGACCCUGGGCAGACAUGUAGACAUCAGCUUCAGGUCCCAGGACAACAGCCCCCUCUCUUCAUCUGAUGAACUGAGCAGAGGACCCAAGAAAAUCCCUCCUUUUACUCGGGAUGUGGAGCAGAGAAUAGGUCAAAGUCCCUCGACCAGGCCCAAGCCUUCUGUCAGACCCAAACCCCUUCUGACCAAAUCCGAGCCACAGAGCCCUGAGCGGAUGGAUAUCACUUCUUUGAGACGGCAGCUGAGGCCCACAAGUCAGUAUCGCCACAGCAUCAAACCUUCUCGAGGGGACGACUCUGAAACUGCAUCUGUCAUCUCAUCGGAGGACUCGAUGUGUUCGCGUAGCACCUCAGAUCUCUCCUCAAUUCACUCUAAAGGGAGUCGCGGGGAUUCCGAUGUUGAAGGCCCCAGUGCUUACCGCUCUCUGGACGCCUAUAAGAAGGUUCAAGACUCUGAGAUCAGCUUUCCAGCUGGGGUGGAGGUGGAGGUUCUGGAGAAGCAGGGGAGCGGUUGGUGGUACAUCCGUUGGGGCUCAGAGGAGGGCUGGGCUCCCUCCUACUACCUGGAACCUGUCAGACACGUGGCUGAUGCUGGUGGGAGGGACAUAGUUGGACACGGGAGUGGUGGUGGCAGUAAGUCCAACAGCCUUGAGAAGAACGAGCAGCACGUUUUGGCCCUCAAUAACAUAAAUAUUCAGGGUGUGACGGCGCAGCAUCCAGGCAUGAGAAGGAAUACCCCGCCGAUUCCUUCCAAGCCCCCUGGUGGCUUCUCGAAGCCGUCUGGGUUGGUGAACGGAGGUGUGCGAAUGAGAAAUGGGGUACGUCAGGUGGCGGUGAGGCCUCAGUCUGUAUACGUGACAACAUCACAGCCACCCAAGGAUGCGCACUACAUGACGGGGUCUCUGAGGAGAAACGAAUCACUCGGUAGAAGUGAUCACUAUAGCUCUGGUUCUGCCACUCUUGGUGUCCGCCGAAAUGCCUCCUUCAGCACUGUGAGGCCACAUGUAGUGGUUGAAAGUCAGACAAGGCCCGCCGAGCGCUCCAGCCUGGGGUCCUCGGGGAGCGCAUUCAGCACAAGCAAUGUAAACCAACGCAACGGCAUCCCAGUGUCCACAGUCCGGCCCAAGCCGAUAGAGAAAAUCCAACUGAUCCACAAUAACUUUGGCAGGGAUGUGUACGUGUCAAUCGCUGACUAUCGUGGCGACGAGGAGACUAUGGGCUUCACUGAGGGCACCUGUCUGGAGGUACUGGAGAGAAACCCCAAUGGAUGGUGGUACUGCCAGGUGCAGGACAGCCUGCUUCCCCGCAAGGGCUGGGUCCCAUCCAACUACCUGGAGCGGAAAAAAUAGAACCACCUCCCCACACAUCCUUACCUAGCCCCCCCCAUCCCGCUUCCCUUUUUCGAUGUCUCCGAGGACACAGGUGGCAUCGCUCCUAAAGAAUGUUACCCGCAAUCUCCUGUAAGCAAUAUGUCCUUGAUAAUGUACAUUUAUGAAAAGACUGUGUAAAAAAAGGAUGAUGUUUUAAUCUGAUAAGGAAGGACACUUUUAGUGCUGGUUUACUAAAAUGUAUACAAAGAGGAGUGUAACAUUUUCCAUAUUUUGACCGGGGGAGUGAGAGAUGUGGGGAAUAUGGGAUUUGUCAGUCGUGAGUGAGGAGUCUUUGAGAUAUGAAAUGAUUGGGAACGUUCACCUCUUAAAGAGGUUCGCAUCAUGUAAUGCAGAAGCGGAGCAGGGUCAUGGCGAUGCUUAUUCCUGCCCAUCACUUACUAUGAUGGCCAAUAAGUGCCUUUUAUAUUUGAUUACCGGAAUGGAGAUUCUAAUUGGUGGAUGGAAAACAUUACAUCAACCAAAUCUUAAGAGUGCCAUAGGCCGAUGAACACCACCAAUGGUAUUACCAUGACCAAGCUAGAGCUACUCUAGAGAGUGAGAACAAAAUGCAGCGUUUCAUUGUAAAUUGGCCAAACUGUUCCAACACACAGACGAAAGAUUGAAAAACCGAGAUUUAAGAACUUUAGUUCACUAGAGAAUUGAAUUGUUUUAAACCACAAAACAUGAAAAAAAACUGAAUCAAUAUUUAAGUCUCAUUAUCACUAUUUCGAUUUCAUUUAAUUCUUUAUUUUAUAAUGUCUCGUGCUGAUGCAAGUCUUCCUUAGAGAAUUAUUUCUGCUUUCUUGUGACAUCUGUUUCCAAAAACAGCCUGCAAAUGGAAGUGUUAAAGCUCCUUAUAGUGUCUGAUGGAUGGAUGUGGUUUUCUCAUAGACCCUAAAUCCCCACAGUGAUAUGCUUAUAUUAAUCCCAGAUAUAACUUUGUGGGAUAACAAAUACCUGUGAAACUUUCAAUCUAACUAUAAUAGUUGGAUAUUGUAUUUUCCUUUAGAGUAGCUUGAGUUCUCUCCAGACCAGAAUCACCUCAGUGUAAUACCCUCAAACAACAGUUUAGGUUUACUCCAGGAACAAUUGAUCUUGUUUUUAUUAGUUCAAGAAUACUGCUGUUGCGUAGCUGUAUUUGAUAAGUACUGGAAAUGCAGCAAAUCAUUGAAUCCCAGGGACAUAUGUGCUCAGCAUUUAGCCCAAAAUGUGAUCAAACCAAAGAGAUAUACCAGUUCAUUGGAUUUUUAGUUUUGCUUUAUUUAUUUAUGUUACAAAAACGAGGUUUCUGAACUGUAUACAAAAGUUUUCCUGGAAGCACUUGAUACAUUUUCUCAGAUAUUGAAGUUACCAGGUAAAUUGUAAUAUUAGGUCUUGCUGUGCAGUUCUGACUUUAUUAUUAAUUAGAAAAACAACAAAGUUUAUCAUUAGAAUUUAAUCAUUUUUCCCAAUUUUUGAAAUUGGUUGGUUUCAUAUCACAGUUUUAAAUUAAUAAAUCUUAAUAAACAAUUGUUGUGAUUAAUACAUCUUAGCCGCCACCGAGAAAUAUAUAGUUCCCCCCAAUGUAAAAGCUAAAUUUGCAAAUGUAAAAUUCUGAGCUGAAGUCCAACUUUCAAAUGCCCAUGGCUGAUGUUCAAGACUGCUGAAAUACAUUUUCUAACGAACGGCCGAAUCUUCCAUCAUGAGGCUGAACACUAACUUGUGAUUAUGUUCCUGCUGGACAGUAUGAUAUUAUGAAACAAAGUACAGUACCUGCUAGAUCGCAGUUAUCUAUUUUAGCCAAAAUCAUAUUUGUUUUUUUGUUUGUUACUUUGUGAUCACACAGUGUCAAUAACGAGGAACGAAGUGGUUCAGUUUUGUGAAUUAGUGCACUUUAAAAUUGUUUUUAUGGUGCAUUAAUGUGAAGAUGCAGUAAAUACUCAGCAUGUUAUUUAUUCAACAAGUGUUUUGUAAUUAUUUAAUAUCUCUAUAUCCCUCCUCACCUCAGAUCAGAGGUGGAACUCUCAAAGUCUCAUUGAGUAGUAUUGGAGAAACAGAGACCUCUUGUGGUAGCUCAAAUGUACUACUAAUCAUCCACAAGGCUUAUUUAUCGGCCUCAGUGCAAUAAGAAAUGCACUGCUGGUCAGUGAGUCUCCCCAAAAACUGUACAGAAAUUUUAUGUUUUUCAGUUUGUUCUUUUUUGAACUCUCAGUGCAGCUAAACAUUUUUUGUAGCAUGUGUAUUGGGCAAUAUUUUUUUUAGGAAAUUUCCAAAAUUCCCUUUUUUUCUUUAUGCUGUUUGCUGCAACUUUAGCAAAUCAUGGGCACUUCCUUCACCUUUAUUGUGCUUUACAUAAUGCCUGAUUUUAAGCAUAUUUAUUAUGAUUUUUUUACAUUUUAUCACUGUUUGACAAUAACCUCGCCACCUUUAAAAUAUAUAACAGAUUGUUAUUGUUGAAUAAACAUGUUCUUAGUCUCACUGCUACUGUGCAAAAUGCAGACUCAGCGGUCAAGAAAAAUUCCCAAAUACCAUGAUUUACUUGAGAAUGUGAGAUUUUUGCAUAACGACCCAUAAAUAAUACAAAUUUGAAAGUAGGCAGUUGAUAUUUGCUGUGAGGCAAAUCCCACCCAGACGACGGCAUUAUGUAAAUGUGUUGAAUCACUGUUACCCUUUUUGCUCCAGCACAUGUUAUUAUUGCAUAUCGCUUUGUUUGAUCGAGCUGAACUUAUUUUGCAAGGGAAUGGUUCUGUGUUGAACAUACAUUUACCUGUGUAGCAUCUAUCUCUAUUCAUGCUUUUACAUGGGUUUUUUUUUUUAUUCUGCCCCAUUUUGUCAAAUUCUGAAAUGUACCUGCGAGAAAUUGUGCAAUAGAUUACAAUCGGUUUCAACAAGAGGAGAAAAACGUGAACGUCAAUGCCAUUACGUGAUGUGGGGAGAAGAGGUUCCCGGUCAAACUGCCAGUCAUGAGCUUUUACCAUGAUGUAAAGAGGAGUGAGUCAGAAAGAUGUGGGGGGGCUCCAAACGCAUCAGAAGCUCAUUGGACCAAAGCAGCCGUACGUGACUCUUCAUCAUCUCCUGACGUCACAGACUUUUGGAACUGACAUGAGAGUCUCUGCUCCCCCUGCCUCGCAUCAGCAGUGGACAGUGAUUUGUGAAUGACAAGGCAGAAACCCACUGACCCAUUCUGUGGUGACAUUACAGCCAUCUGGGGUCACAGAUGGAGAGCCCCGGCCCUGUCGUCAGGGGCCCUUAGCGGCCCCGCCCUGAGCUGUCACGUUCGUGCCUGAAUGGAGUUUUGAUAGUUUCUUGUUUUUGUGUUGUUGUUUUUCCUCUCCGUUUUCUCUGUGUGCGCCCCCCCGCCGCCGCCGCCGCAGCCGCAGCCGAUGCCUCUCUUGACAUUCACCCCACCCUAGUAAGACUAUGUCAGACUUUUCCUUCCUCACCAAUCACCACAUUGAAGGUGACAUUUGAGUCUCAGUGGUAAACAAGAGGCUGGGGGAGAUGAACGCUCCUUUAGGCCAUUUCAGUUCAAUCCAUCAACUUCCAGGAUGUACGCCAAAAAUAAAAAACAGCAUCACAACCUUUUCUCUAUGCUGAGCCCCAGCAGGCCGUAUCUAAGUGCUACAGGAGAAUAAGAGCACAUAGGCCUUCUAUCCAUAGCGGUUGUUUGGGUAUAUCGUUAAACUCCACCUUAAAAAGGUCACUCCCGUGUUUUUGGGAAACAAAUGUAUUCAGUUUCUUGCAGAGAGUAAAAGUAUAAAAAAAUUUGAUUUGGAAAAUAUUGAAAUAUCUCUUAAUGAGGGAGAGUGAGUACAUUUAGGGAUUUUUAAAUGGUAAAUUUAACUUUUUCUAUUGAGAAGCCAUAUUUGACACAAAGUAUGUGAAGGUUAUCUUUAAAUAUGGAGCGUGAGCCCAGAGUCUGUUAGCUUAGUUUAGCAUUAAGAGGGGAAGCAGGGGAAACUGCUUGUCUGGAUAAUGUGAAUUAUCUGGAGACCUACAACAACGUGUCACUUCUACACAGUUUGUGUACAGAUUAAACAAACACAAUGUAAUGUGUUGAUUACUGAGCUUCAGGGAUGCUCAUACCUUCAGCCAUGCUAGCUGUUCCCCCCUGUGUACAGUCUUUAUGCUCAGCUAAGCUAACCGUCAGCUGGCUGGGAAAUAAACAUAUUUCCCAAAAAUAAUAUAUUUACAAUGAUAUAUUUCCUUUUCCGGUCCAGUGGCUCAGCCUGUCGCAGCUGCAUUGCUCUUAAACCUGCUCGUGCAUCCGCGUGGCACAAUAGAAAUGGAAUUGUCGGAGGUACUAUUUUUUGCACAUGCCAACACACACGUGAUGAUAAGGAAUCAUUCAUUCUGCAGAGGAAAUGUACGAGUCCCCUGACCUUUUCCUGGAGGUCACCCGGGUGAGACGGCUCCACCAUGUUAUCCCUCGCUCCCUUGUUAUUUGAACAAAUGGACGACACCUCUCGGGCGUGAAGCACCUUAAGCUCUGCAGCUCCCAAAAGCCGGCUGCUGCCAUAACAUCCUCCCCCUCACCUGUUCUCUCUCUCUCUCUCUCUCUAUCCGCCAUCGCCACAUGUAUCUCCCUCCUUCCUCGACACAGCCCAGCACUCUAUUCCCAGUGAGAUGAUUGAGGUAGUAGGGUUUGUGGUGGAGGGACAAAGUUGUUUGCGUGUGUGUGUGUGUGUGUUUGCUGGAUGUAAUGGAUUGUUGCAGGUGUUUAGCUCAUGAGGGGAGAUGUUAGAGGUCGUGGGGGAGACGUAGCGAGAGCAGGAUGCAGGGAGACACAAGACGGAUCAAGUGGUGGAUUCUAGUAGACGUGGUGAGAGGGAGGUGAGAGGAGGGCGGCUUUGAUGCGAGGGAGAUUAAAGACGGGUGGGCACCACUUCCACUCGGAAAACUGAGACACAAUAAUUCCUUUUGACAGGGAGUCGGCCCACUCUAUCAGAACUCCUUUACCCACCUUUCUGAAAACCUGACACCUAAUGAGCUCGCUGCUUCUAAACCUGAGCUCUGAAUUCCCGUCUGUCCAAACAUUGUUCUAAUUGCAGCACAUGAAGUUUUUUUUGUAGCUGCUUCAACAAGACACUGCAGAGACAUAUCAGUCGCAGUGUACGGGAGCUUCUCUGGGCCUCACUCCCUGUCCGUAGGAAAAAAGAAAACCUUUGGAGCCGAUCCUACGUCUAGUUUUUAGCUUCUUUCACUGUCAGUGUCUUCAGAUCUUACGUAGCCCAGAGGGUGAGGGAGUCAAGCUGGGUGCUGGAAAAGGUUUUUGGGGAAUAAGAAGAAAAAAAAGAAAAAGGCUUCAUAUGGUGGAUUCCUUGUGGCUUUUCUCUCCCCCUGACGUAUUCCUUUGUGUUCUCACUGAGUGCACCAAUGGUUUGGAGGGGUUCAUUCUUAUCUGAUGAAACAAGCUUUAAUUCAUGAUGGAAAGAAAUGGAAAAAAAAGGCAACGGCACUGAGCUCUGGAGUUAAUGAAGGCAGGAGUUUGAUGGAAGGAGGGGAAGGUCUGAUAGGAAAGUUUGAGUAAGUUUGUGGGAGCAGGUGGGAUGUAUUUAGGGGGUUGAUUUUGGAGGUUUUUUAAUUAAUAUCUAGUUUUUGUUUGAGAGGGAGAGAAGAGGGAAAAGAACAAGCGUCGCUGCAGGGCUUUUUUUCAAGCAGUUGCUGUAGGGAAAAAAAAAAGGAAAACAGGUCUGUGAAUAAGGGAAUGCUGAUUAUUUAUGUCAUUCAGAGAACUUCCUCACAGAAUCGGAGUUGUUUGACGCGCCGGCGGGCAUCAGCGGGAGCUGUCUCCCAGCUCCUGGAGGAGGCUGUGUUGAGGAACGAGUCGCGCCGCUGUGUGUCUCUGUGCUACUUUUCUUUGUCUCUGUUUGAAUCCCCGUUUCUAAUUAGCACAACAGUGUGUCUUAAUUAACCUUAGCCAGUCAGACGAUAUUCCAGCGCUAACGGCUUCUUAAUCAGCGAGGCUGCUGCCAUUCUGCGUGGGAGCCUCCGGUGCUGGAUGGAGCUCAGCCAUAUCUGUGCGGCGGAGGCGAGCUGUCAGCGGGGAUUGAUGCUGAGUGACAGCUGGCGUAGAUUGGUGAGAAGGUGGAGCCUGCUUUUAGCCUCGACGUUGCAUUUAUAGAAUUGAAUCUGACACCACCCUGCUGUGCGAAGCAGUGUGCCAAAGAAACUUGGAGGCCCGACGCCGUCGAGCUCUUGAUCUGUAAAUUCUGACAAAAACAAUCCGUUACCAGCAUGACAGCCACACUCAGAAACACAACAACAACUGCAGGCCUCGAGUUGGACCAAUGGAGGUGCUCUUCUUUUUAUUUCCUGGUUUCGCUCUGUUUCUUAUUGCCAUUGUUGUUAUGCAAAAUUCUGUUUAACUUUUGCAAACUCCUCGUUUUCAAAAAGAUCUGCGAUGAGAAGGCUCAGGAGGCUUUAUACAGCUGUAAAUGUCAGUGAAUCCUCCAUUGAUGAGUCAUAUGGCUGCCAAACCACACGUGGUGAAAAUGCCAUAUAAACAUCACAAUGUGCAGCAAGAAGCGAACAACAGUCCAGAUUCCUCUCUGAUGGGAGGCUUUCUGCACGUGUGCAUUCCUUUUUGAAAACAGGACAUUUUUCUUAUCUACUGUUUUAUUUUGACAAGUCUUGUUCCUUUUUUUGUAUCUUGUACAUGUUUACAUUGUAUCUCGCAUUGCCCAAAAAGAGAAACAAUAUUAAAUGUAUUAUCUUUGUUGUUUUA